UGACGACCUUAGCUAAGAUCUAAUUGUAUCAGGAUUAUAAUUUGGAACGCGUCGGUUUGUUUUUAGUAACAAGUGCUAACUCCUAGGUAUCUGUGUUUACAACUAGUUACUGUUUAUACACUCUGAUGUUCUAGUAAUAUUGUGGCUACCAAUUUAGUAUAAUUUAUAUUUUUCCACAAUGGAGAUACAAAGGGAAAAGUUUGAAUUAUUAACAAACACAGAUUACCAAAAUGGAAUUCCAAAUGGAUACAAUUUGGAAACUAAGAACAACGAGAGCCCCAAAAGAAUGAAGUGGAAGAGAGGGAUAGAGUUUUUGCUUUCUCUCAUUGGUUAUAAUGUCGGACUGGGAAAUAUUUGGCGAUUUCCAUACCUGUGCGCCAAAAAUGGUGGAGCUGUAUUCCUUAUUCCUUACGUGAUUUUCAUGUUGGUCGUAGCAUUUCCGCUAACCUUUAUGGAACUGACUCUUGGUCAGUUUUCAGGAAAGAGUGCCUAUGACGUGUGGGAUAUAUGCCCAGCACUACGAGGUGUGGGUGUAUCUAUGGCAUGUGUUGCGACAUUGUGCUGUCUAUAUUUUAAUACCAUUUUGUCGUGGAUAUUAUACUACCUGGUCCAUUCUUUUAUGUCACCACUACCAUGGACAACUUGUGGAAAUACAUGGAACUCAGAUACGUGUUUCGUGCGGCACAAAAUUCAAGACAAUUCAACGAUGAAUCGUAGUUAUAUAAUAUUUAAUGAAACACAUUUUAAUAACGAAACUUCAACAAACUUCAGCUAUGUUAAUGCUUCUGUGUUGGACAAUAGUAGCUCUACAUUAAACACUGCCCCCGAAGAAUUUUGGAAUAACAAUUUGCUUGUAAUAUCCAGUGGACUAAGUGAUAUUGGAACCCUGCAAUGGCAUCUAGUACUAGCAUUGCUUGCAGCAUGGGUUAUUAUAUUUCUGUGUAUCAUCAAAGGUGUCCGAUCUGUCGGGAAGGUUGUAUACUUCACAGCGACAGCACCAUACAUUAUUUUAACAAUAAUAUUAAUUAGAGCUGUAACCUUACCCGGUGCUCUCAGAGGUAUAGAAUUCUACUUGAUUCCAGAUUUCAGUAAACUCAUGGAUAUACAGAUAUGGACUGAAUCCUUGCUACAGCUUUUUUUCUCAAUGGGUAUGGGAUGGGGAGCAUUCAUCACGAUGGCAAGUUAUAAUAAAUUUAACAAUAACGUUAUGAGAGAUACUAUAGUAUUUUGUAUUAUUGGCGAAGGUACAAGUUUCUUGGCCGGUUUUGUUGUAUUUUCAGUAUUAGGCUAUAUGUCCUAUGAAACUGGAUUAGAAGUCGCGGAUAUUAUAAGAACAGGCCCAGGUCUGGCUUUUAUAACAUACCCAGAAGCACUCAGCCAACUUCCGGUGCCGCAACUGUGGGCUGUACUAUUCUUUUUGAUGCUUUUACUUAUGGCUUUAGAUAGUAUGUUUGUUAAUGUGGAAGUCUGUGUUACAACUAUAGUUGAUUUAAUACCAAAGUCAACUGAUAAAACAAGAAUGUUUAUCACUGCUGUUACCUGUUUCGUCAUGUUUCUCAUAACUUUAAUUUAUGCUACUCAGGCAGCAAUUUAUAUUUUUCAAUUGGUAGACUGGUAUUUUGCAGCUAUAACUCUUUAUCUUAUUACUAUACUAGAAAGUAUUGUUAUAGGUUGGAUAUAUGGUGCUGAUAGAUAUUUUGCUGAUAUAGAAAUGAUGUUAGGAAAACGACCGCCUAUUCUAUUAAAAUACAUAUGGCGUUUUGUCAACCCAGUUAUACUAGUUACUAUUUUAGUUUUUACGCUGGUUAAAUACAAACCGCCAUCUUAUGGUGAUUACCAUUACCCUGCUUAUGCUAGUGUCUUUGGCUGGAUUUUAGCUAUCAUUUCCUCCAUACCUAUACCCAUAUGGUUUGUUAAAGAAGUCUUUUCACGAAAGGGUUCAAUAAUCCAGAGAAUCCGUGACUCCUUUAAACCCAAUGAAAGAUGGGGUCCUUCAAAUGAUUACAAUCUAACCAAGAACACACCAGAAUCUCCGUUCUAAAUUAUAAAUUAUAUUAAAGAUACAUUAUGGGAGAUAAGAUAAAGAGCUGACAGUUCUCGCUAUAAUAGUUAAAAAAUAGAUAAUGUAAAGGUAAUUUGUUGAAAAUUUCAGUCAAAUUGGUCCACUAUGAACCGAGAUAUCAGCUUUGUAAAUUUCCGCCUAGCCUCGUUCAUCAUUACUAAAGUUAGUACGUUAAAAAGCAUAGUCUGGAUUAUCCAUUGUUUUGAAUUAAUUAUCAAUGAGCGUUUGCAGCAGAUAGGAAUCUAAUCCAGUCGAUAUCGAAGGCUAGCCUUGACAUCGAGAGUUGAUUAUGGUCUGGAUAAGUUAAGAAAGACCUGCGAUAGGCAGAUUUAGCUCUUGCAUAAUGCAUGUUUAAUACUAUUAUUCUGUAUAUUACCAUCGAUUAUGAGCGGGGUGGGGGAUAUCAUGGAAGUUGUUAUACCGGAUGAGAGAGAGGGAGAGAGAGAGAGCGAGAGAGAGAGAUAGGGGGUAACGUCCACUCGACACAAACAAGGUCAUUUCGGGACUAACACACGGUUCAGUUUUAUUUCAUUAAUUCGCUUGCGCGUUGGGGUCUUUAGCAGUGGAAGGAAAUCGGGGGACCCGGAGAAAACCCACCAGGUUGGACAGACGAACCUACUCCUUGUCACCUGACACAAUGACAGACCUUAUGAUGCAACGCACACGCGUUAACUAUUCGGCCCCAAUCCCCAACCCUCAGUAGGGAGACAGAGAGCAUUCGAUGGGUUGUCUUGUUUGUAUGAUUUCUAAUUCAUGCCCGUUUACUUCAUGAUACCCCCAUCUCAUUAAUGUGAGUCUUUACUCAAAUAUGUCGGAAAAUGAUAAUUCAAAUACUUUACUUCGAAUCUAGACCAAACAGUCAAUAAAUAUUACCCUGGUAACCUGUUCAGGGGAAAUAAUUA